AUGGGUUGUUCAUAAACUAAGACAAAAUAAUCAAUAUUGGCCAAUCAAAAUUAUUUGUAAUCUAUCCAGAAUGAGGCUAAGACUUAAUAAAAUUUCGAGAAGGACAAUGUUAAAUAUAAUAUUCUGAAGAAUCCUAUUAUAAGAAGAAGAACUGAAAGAAAAAAUAAAUUACCUAACACUACAGCUUGUACUCCAACUUCGAUUUAAUGA